CGGCGAAAUGAUAAGGAACGGAAAAUGGUUUUAGCAAGAAGAAACGGAAAAUGGCCGAAAGGCUUCUUUCUUUCUCUCUCUGCUUCUAGGGCAAGAAAGGAGCUCCGUUUCUCGGCAGCGACUAGAGACCAACAAGGGCCGGCGUAGAUCGGCGGUGAUCAGGAAGGCCGCAAGCAUUCCUAAAUAUAUUCUGUGCACUAUAGAAUGUAAUCAUUGAGAAUGUCAAGGGGUCAUUGCCAACCGAGAAAUCAGCCUGGAAGGAGAACUCUCGAAAGGUGCAAAAGCAAAAGCACUGUUGCGAAUGUAGAGAUCAUUGAUGUUGACAAAGGCAAAAGUGAUGUGGUCAUCAUUGAUGUCCCAGAGAGUUCCGAUCAGGAGUCUAGAUGCUUCAGGGCAAAAACAAGAGAUUGUCGUCCUAAUGUUAUUAGUAUUGAUGAUGAAGAGGGAGGUAUUGAUGGGGCUCCUAGUAAUGCAUGUUAUGCUACCACAAGCAGAACAUUUCGCCCCUUGUCUGGCAACUCUCCAUUUUAUGAAGAAGUGGAUAGUGAUGAAUGCCUAAUGUUUGUUGGAAAGGGAACAUUCCCAUCUAAGUUGACCGUAAAAGUGAAAAUGCACCCUAAAUGUGGUUAUCCUAGAAAUCGUUAUGGUCUAGAUCCUUCCUCAGAUAGCGGUACAUCUGAAAGUGAUAGUUCUGAAUUUUGCAUGUCUGAAGGAGACAGUUCGGAAGGUGACAGCUCCGAUUGUGAGAUUAUGGAAGACGCCUCUGGAGAGAUCCGUGAACGGUGGGAAAGAGCUGCUUUGAGGAAAAAAAUGUUGCAGAGGAGCCAAUUUGUUUCUGAGGAUCAGGCUAGUGCUUCAGGAUCUAGUGCUGAUCCUGGAUUUCAGUCAGAUGAAGCCAUUCAAAAUAUGGUUAAUAUAGAAAGUAUAAAUGAGUCCGACAAGGCAUAUUCAAAGCAUUUUGAAGAAGUACCUGGUGAAUGUGGUCCAAGCAUUUCAAGUAAUGGAAUGAACAGCUCUUCUAGGAUGACCAAUGCUGAUGAAUUUACUGAAGAUUCUCUACGGGGUAGUAAGGGGAACAGCUCUAUUGCAAAUUCAGAUCCUUCUACUGGUGUAAGUCAUGAUGGGCUUGGUUUCCAGAAGGAAGAACUAAUUUCGGAGGAAUGUUCCCACGGAGCACAGCCGUCUGAUGAAACCUGCUUUAGUCAUAAAAAAAAUUAUUUUCAGGACUUUGAAAUGGAGAAUUCCAUACAUAUCAGGGAUGAAGGUUUUAGUUUUCUGGAUAAAGAUGGACAAGGUCCUGUUGAAACUUGUUACUGUACAGCUGAACUUAGGGGUGAAACCAUAUUUCAAGGUGCAGAGAGUCCUUGUCCUGGAAUUCCACAGGAAGCUUGGGCUGGAAACACUUUAUUUUCUGAUAGUGUUUGUUUUCAGGACAGGAAGGAGCCUGACUUUGAAGAACAACCUUCAUGUCAUAACCAAUCACCACUUGACUCUGUUGUAAAUCAUGAUAUUGCUGCUCGGGAGAAAGAGGACAAGAAGGAACAUAGCCCUGAAGAAGAACCUUUGUGUCAGACCCGGUUAUCACAUGAUUCUGUUGUCAAUCAUGAACUCGCUGCUCAAGUGAAAGAGAACUCACAUAGUGAGCAAACCAUUCUGUUCGAUGAUCAACCACAAAUUGAUAUUGGAAAUCAGAGCUUCUGUCCUAGUCAGGAAGAUAUUUCUGAAGAACCAAUUUGCAAACCUAAUGAAGAAAGUGGAGCAACUGAGAGUUGUCCCUUAUAUAUGGAACCUGAUUUAUCUCAUAUUCAGAAUGAUUUAAUUAGGGCACGUGAAAAGCACAAGGAAUCUGAUGAGUACAAACGUGUUGAAGAAGAAGAAUGGGCAUCCAGGCAGCGGGAGCUACAGAUUCAGGCAGAAGAAGCACAAAGGUUGCGGAAGAAAAGAAAAGCUGAAAAUUUGCGUCUAAUUGAAAUGGAGAAGAGGCAGAAGCAGCGUUUGGAAGAAAUUCGGGAAUCACAAAAAAAGGAUGAAGAAACCAUGCAUCUGAAAGAACUGUUUCGUGCUGAAGUAAGGAAGGAACUAGACAAGAUGGAAAUGAAAUACAGGGACAUGGCUUCUCUUUUGCGUGGAUUGGGCAUACAUGUUGAAGGGGGUCCUUUUCCCUUGUCACGUGAGGUCAAUGCUGCCUAUAAACAAGCAUUGCUGAGGUUCCAUCCAGACCGAGCUUCGAGGACUGAUAUUCGUCGGCAGGUUGAAGCAGAGGAAACAUUUAAAUUGAUUUCACGUUUGAAAGAAAAGCUGCUGCCUGUAGCAUAAUUGGAUAGGUAAACAUCGUAGACUGUCAUCUUUAACAGUGCAGUGCCAUCCAACAGAGUGCCAGCGCUGUUGUGGCAAGGGUCCUGCCGUCUUCUGGAUAGGGAUCUUUAGCAGACGAUUAUAUACACAUUAAAAUUCUCAGACAUAAAAUUAAGACAAAGAUCUUGUAUCUGUUAUUCUAAUACUUUGUUUUUGGAUUUUUUGUCUUGGCACAUACCCUGGGGUCUUUUUUUGGGUGGUUCGGUCAUUCAUAGAGGCUUCUUGAUCCAAGGCAGCAUGAAUCAGGCAAUUUUGGCUUCUAAAUACUGCUUACCUAGCUUAAUUUUAAUGAAGGGACCUCUGCCACCUCUAUUGGUUGAGUAGCAAGGGAUGAGAAGCUUUAUACAAGUUCUUUAACUGACCUGCAUGGUUUUGCAACUGCAGAAUUCAUAUGUACGUUCGAUGUGUCUUGGUGAGUCUCAUCGUUUAUUUCCAAGACCAUUUGGAAGUUGGAAGCACUCUUCUCAAAGGUCCUGUUAAUGAGGAAUAUGUGUAUAUUCUGGAUUUGAAAAUGUAUUCCUUUCUUAUUACACUAUGAAUUGCACUUCCAGUAUCUCUCUUAUGAUUGACAAAGAGGUGAAUAGGUUCAAGUAUGGAUACUGGGCAGAAGAAUGAAAUGCGAAUGGGGGCAAAUGGAAGGCUGGGGGUUGUGAUGAUAGAAAGGUUGUGAUGAUAGAAAACUGUGUUGGAGGCUGAACGAGAGGUGGUUUAAGUGGGAAUGGGUGAUGGUGGUUGCACCAGAGGUGGUGAUGGUGAAAAAUGGAACCAAGAGGUGUAACAAAGAAUGCCAAGCUGAUCUUGCUAAUUGAUUAACAGGUGUAUGCUUGUCUAAAGGCUCGUCAGGUUUCAGCUUGCUUGGCAGUCCCAAUUCCAGCAGCAGGGAUGGCAAUCCAGAAUGGGCCCAAGUUGCUGGAGAUUGUAAUGCUUGCUGCUGCUGAUCUACUCCACCAAGCAUGCUUUCUCCUGUCUAUGCGCUUUCUGGUUUUCAAAUGUGGUAAACUUUUUGAGGACUUUAUUUAUCUUUGCCUCUAAAAAGCUGUCCUUGUGACAUGAUGCAGUCAGGCCAAACAAAAAUUGAUAUCCAGAUUUCGGUUUCAAUUA